GGGGCCGGCGGGGUUUUCUCCCGGGCUGGGCUGACGGCCGCGGCUGGGAACUUCGGGAGCGUGCGGGCGCCAGCGGCAGUUCGGGCGGUAGGCAAGGAAGAUAUUGUGCUGUUAUCCAGUUGUCAUAGUUGAUUUCACUCUACAAAUCUUCAAGAUUCCUACUCGAGUGAAAGUGUCAGUUGUGAUAAUGACAACUGAAGUUGGUUCAGAGACUGAAGUAAAGAAAGAUUCUGAGCAGUUGGGAGCAGACAAAGCCAAGGACAAGCCUGAAGAAGCAUCAGAGACUCCAGGAGAUCAAAAGUCCAGGGAAACAUUCUCUGGAGAAGCUCAAGAUUCUUCUGAUCCAGCACCAACUAGCCAAAGCAGUCCAAGUAGCCAGAAGAAGGAAAAACCUUCACCUGAAAGCAAGGGUAUUUCUCGUUUCCUUCCCCCUUGGCUUAAGAAACAGAAGUCAUACACCUUGGCAGAGCCCAAAGAUGAGCCCAAGAAAAAGACCACAGGGGAAGAGCAAGUAGUUGAAGAAAGUGAAAGCCAGGCACUAGAGGGGGUGGCUCAGCCAAGAAAGAGCUUGGAAGAAGCAGCUGAAAACCAGCAGAAUGCUAAAGCAGAUGACAAAGAAAAGCGCUCCAUCAGUAGUGCUGAAAUACAGCCUUCCAAAGAAGAUGGUAAAGAAACAGAAGUAGAGGAAGUUGCAGAGAAAAAGGAAGAAAAAGAAGAAAAAGAAAAAAGGGAGACAAAAGAAGUGCAGACAGCUGAAAUUAAAAUAGAUAACAUUCCUCAGAAGUCUCCAAAGAAAAUCAAAACUGUGCAGUGUAAGGUGAUGCUUCUGGAUGGCACGGAAUACAGCUGUGACCUAGAGAAAAGAGCGAAAGGACAAGUGCUGUUUGAUAAAGUAUGUGAACACCUCAAUUUACUGGAAAAGGACUAUUUUGGGCUGUUGUUUUAUGAGAAUUCAGAACAGAAGAACUGGCUAGAUUCUUCGAAGGAAAUUAAGAGACAAAUGCGAAGUUUACCAUGGAUAUUCACCUUUAAUGUGAAGUUUUAUCCCCCUGAUCCGUCACAGUUGACUGAAGACAUCACUAGGUAUUUCUUGUGCCUACAGCUUCGCCAGGAUAUUGCAUCUGGCCGACUGCCGUGCUCUUUUGUGACUCACGCCCUCCUUGGUUCAUAUACUCUGCAGGCUGAGCUGGGUGAUCAUGACCCAGAGGAGCACAGCAGUGAUUAUAUCAGUGAAUUCCAGUUUGCACCCAAUCAGACUCAAGAAAUGGAAGAGAAAGUGGCUGAGCUACACAAAACACACAGGGGCUUGACUCCAGCACAGGCGGAUUCCCAGUUCCUAGAAAAUGCUAAAAGACUCUCCAUGUAUGGAGUGGAUUUACAUCAUGCCAAGGAUUCUGAAGGUGUGGAUAUCAUGCUGGGUGUAUGUGCUAAUGGUCUGCUGAUUUACAAAGACAGACUCCGGAUCAACCGCUUCGCUUGGCCAAAAAUUCUGAAGAUUUCCUACAAGCGAAGUAAUUUCUACAUCAAAGUCAGGCCAGCAGAACUGGAACAGUUUGAGAGCACUAUUGGGUUCAAACUGCCAAACCAUCGGGCUGCUAAAAGGUUAUGGAAGGUUUGUGUGGAGCACCAUACUUUCUUCAGACUUUUAUCACCGGAACAGCCUCCAAAAGCAAAGUUUCUGACCUUGGGUUCCAAGUUCCGCUACAGCGGCCGUACGCAGGCACAGACACGACAGGCCAGCAACCUCAUAGACAGACCAGCUCCGUACUUCGAACGCACUUCCAGCAAACGGGUUUCCAGAAGCCUUGAUGGAGCUCCCAUGGGUAUUUCAGACCGAAGUCUUCUAAGAGAUUUCUCUGCUACUGGAGGGCAGGCUGCUGGAGAUAAAAUCAUUGAUCUUGAAGCUGCUGGUCAGGCCAAGUUAAAAGAAGGUGGCAGAGAAGAAGAUGAAAGUCCACUCAAAACUCCACAAUUAGAGUUGACUCAGGAUGGAAAGAUCAGUUCCUUGAGAGUAGACGGGGAAAAUAUUUAUGUCAGACAUAGCAAUUUAAUGUUGGAGGACCUGGAUAAGACCCAGGACGACUUACUGAAACACCAGGCUAGCAUUAGUGAGCUCAAGCGCAAUUUCAUGGAAUCCACACCCGAACCACGCCCAAAUGAGUGGGAAAAGCGGCGUAUCACACCUCUGUCCCUACAGACACAAGGGAAAAAAGGAGACCACAUUUUCCAAGUGAAAACACUGCCUGGGAAGGAGAAACAAUGGAUUUCAAUGCCAUGGAUUGCUGGAGCAAAACCAGAGGAAACCGAUAAGAGCCUGGAAGAGGAGAUAACCUCCAUUUUGUUUAGUAAGGAGCGCUUCGGCGCCGGCACCAGCGGGCCCUUCGCCGCCGCCAGCCCGGGGCCAGCAGAGGGCGCUGCGGGGGAGCAGACGGGCGCUGCCGCGCCGGGGCCCCAGAGACAUGCUUCCAGAGCAGAAGGGCCUUGUACUGGAGUCAGCGAUGCUGAUAAGAGUUCACAUGAGACUCUGGACAUAGUGGAGGAGAAGAAGCAGGCAGAGUUUGGGAUAGAAGAAACAGUAGUCGUAGACGAAACCAACAAAGGGAAAAUGCAAGUUGCCACUGAUGCUGGGGAGACAUGUAAGGUGGAGCACGUGUCAAAAAAGGACUCUUCAUCAUUGCCAUCAGAUAGUAGCAGCAGCAGCAGUAGUAGUGAGAGUGAGGAUGAAGAGAUGGGAGAAUACCAGCCACAUCAUAGGGCAAUUGAGGAUGUCAUCAGGGAAGAACAGGAAGAAGAUGAAAACAUGAAAAAGAAAGAACAUGAAGAAAAUACGCAGCAUGUGGAAGCCGUACCAGAAAGCAGUAAACUAAAUGUACCAGUUGAGCACACACAAGUUACAGCUGAAGAUUUGGUCCAGAAAAAUACAGUUACUGUAGCUACAGAAGAGAAGAAUUUGUCAGAGCAAAUUAAGCAAGAUUUAGGUGAAGAAAAGGAGGAGGAACAGCUGAAACUCAAUGGAGAUGUGUCUCAUGUUGACAUUGAUGUUGCACCACAAUUAAUUUGUUGUUCUGAGCCUCCGGUAGUGAAAACAGAGAUGGUAACCAUUUCAGAUGCCACACAGAGAACUGAAAUCUCCACUAAAGAAAUUCCAAUUGUUCAAACAGAAACUAAAACUAUCACAUAUGAAUCUUCACAGCUUGAUGGCAAUGCUGUUGGUGAUACCGGUGUGCUGGUGAGUGCACAGACAAUUACAUCAGAGUCCAUUUCCACUACCACAACUACACACAUCACAAAGAUGGUGAAAGGUGGAGUAUCAGAAACAAGAAUUGAGAAGCGCAUUGUCAUUACUGGAGAUGCAGAUAUUGACCAUGAUGAGGCCCUGGCACAGGCAAUCAAAGAAGCCAAAGAACAGCACCCUGAUAUGUCUGUGACAAGAGUGGUGGUGCACAAAGAAACUGAACUUGCUGAGGAAGAUGAAGACUAAAAUGAAAAAUGCUCUCAAGCAAAUACAUCAG